AUGGUGAAGGAGAAUAUCAUUGGGAAACUCGAUCUUUUGCAGUAUAAGCACAAGCAGAUUGAUCCUCCGCGGUUCGAGAUUUCGCGGAAGUUGGUAAAGUCGAAAAACAGCAGUCAUUUCAAGCUUUUGACGCUUCCUAGAGCCGAGGCAUUGGCAAUGAUCAAACAGCUCAAACGGCAGCUGUUUGAGCGCAAGUACCAUUUUGCGUUUUCGAAGCUGGAGCGGCUGUUGCGCGGGACGGUGAAGCAGGUGUUGAAGACGAAGACCGUUUCUUCGAAAGAGACGGCCUUGUAUGAGCAGUUGGACAAAGAACUAGAGACAGUGAUCAAACAGAAGCUGGGGAAACUCGGCAGCAAGAUCUUCCAUGCGGAGGAGAAUCGCGAGGUUCCCUCGGAGGAGUUCUGGCAGGAGCGCGAGCAGCUUCGCGAACGGCAGUUGGCGGGCGAGAUGAACAAUUUGGUUUCCAAGCUAUUCAAUAAAAACACAGUGAGGGAGGUGAUACAGCAGACGGAGGCCAACUUCAAGCUGAUUCUGGGCGUGAAGAAGGAGCGCAAGGAGAGGGAGGUUGUGAAGAGCGAGGCUAAGAUUGAGACUGAGAGUGAAAGCGAAAGUGAAAGUGAAAGCGAAAGCGAAAGCGAGACCGGGUCUGAAGGUGAAGAGCAGAGCGACUCCGAGAAGCUGGACAGUAUUUACUCUUCGUACAAGUCGAUGGUUGCUGGCUCGUCGGACGAGAGCGACGGCGAGAUCGAGCAGGGCGUGGACUACAACGAGGUCACGGACGAGGAGCCGAGCGCAGAGAGCGACGUGGACUACGAGACGGUGAAGGAGGAACGCAAGAAGCUGGGCAACGACGACUUCUUCAGCGGGGUGCAGGUUCCGGAGCUGGUUGGCGGGUACUACUCGGGCGACGAGGAGGAAGACGAGCUGGAGAAGGCCGACAAGGACAUGAAGCAGGCAAACAAGGAGCGCAAGAACCGGCGUGGCCAGCGGGCCCGGCAGAAGAUCUGGGAGAAGAAGUACGGCAAGAGUGCGAACCACGUGAAGAAGCAGCAGGAGCGGGUGCGGUCUGAGCGCGAGCAGCAGCAGCUGGCGUACGAGGAGCGGGUGCGGAAGCGUGCAGAGAAGCAGAGGUUGCUGGCCGAGAAGGAGGCUGCUAAGCCCGUGAAAAAACACACAAACCCAGAGGCCAUGCAUCCGUCGUGGGAGGCCAAGCGGAAGGCCGAAGAGGCGCUGAAAAACGUCAAGUUCCAGGGCAAGAAGAUGAAGUUUGACUAA